AAUGGAGGCCUGUGUUUUCAUGCUUCUCAUUGCGUAUAGAGAGUUGUGAUUAGGGUUGAGAGAAAAGCUUAAACUCUUCUUUGAAAAUGUCUUGCUGCGGAGGAAACUGCGGGUGUGGAGCAGACUGCAAGUGUGGCAGUGGAUGUGGAGGAUGCAAGAUGUACCCGGGCUUGGCUGAGGAGAAGAUGACCACCACUCAGACCAUGAUCGUUGGAGUUGCUCAUGCAAAAGAGCAACUUGAAGGGUUUGAAAUGGCCACUGGAUCCGAGAAUGGAGGUUGCAAGUGUGGAUCAAACUGCACCUGUGAUCCUUGCACCUGCAAAUGAAACUAAGAGAAAUCUAAAGACCUGAGUUUUAAGAGGGAGAGAUUUAAGAAAUCAUAAUGGAAUAAUAAGAGUCCUAAUGUUUGUGUUAUGUAUUUACUUGUGUUUGUGUGUUUGUGGUGGUUUGUGUCAUGGGCUUAAAUAAGAAAGAAAAAAGGCUCUCUUUUGCCUGUUUCUCUCCCUCACUCUCUCUCUCUCUGGUCUUAUCCUUGGCUUUGUGAGUGUGUUUUUAGAGAGUUCAUGGUGUGGCCUUGCUUCAUGUAUUAACAUGUUAUCAAUGAAACUAUAGGCCUUUCUUUGCUGUUUA